GAUUAAACUGCUGACUAAUCUUGAAGUGAAUUGAUUGUUGGUUUCAAUUGUUUUUUUCUCUCUGGUUUAAUUAAUUUCCUUUGCAAUUUAAUUUUCAUUUAAUUUUCUACUAUGGAUCGUAUAUUGAGUCUUGGUGGUGGUCUUGGUAAUUUGAGACAGGGAGGUGGUGCUUCAGAUGGACCUGUGGUUGACACUGCCGAGCAAGUUUAUAUCUCAUCUUUAGCUUUACUUAAAAUGUUGAAACAUGGUAGAGCUGGUGUUCCUAUGGAGGUUAUGGGUUUAAUGUUGGGUGAAUUUGUCGAUGAUUAUACUGUUCGGGUUAUUGAUUGUUUUGCUAUGCCACAAAGUGGUACUGGUGUUAGUGUUGAAGCAGUUGACCCUGUCUUUCAAGCUAAAAUGUUAGAUAUGCUUAAACAAACUGGUCGACCAGAAAUGGUUGUUGGCUGGUAUCACUCUCAUCCUGGUUUUGGUUGUUGGCUUUCUGGUGUUGAUAUUAAUACCCAACAAAGUUUUGAAGCGCUAUCAGAUCGAGCUGUUGCCGUGGUAGUUGAUCCCAUCCAAAGUGUCAAAGGAAAAGUUGUCAUCGAUGCUUUCCGUUUAAUCAAUGCUAACAUGAUGGUUUUGGGACAAGAACCUAGACAAACAACAUCCAACUUGGGCCAUUUAAAUAAACCCUCAAUUCAAGCCUUGAUUCAUGGACUUAAUCGUCAUUACUAUUCUAUUUCGAUUAAUUAUCGUAAAAAUGAAUUGGAACAGAAAAUGCUUUCCAAUUUACACAAGAAAAGCUGGAUAGAUGGACUUUCUCUUCGUGAUUACAAUGAACAUUGUUCCCUCAAUGAGAAAACAGCUAAAGAUAUGGUUAAUCUUGCCAAAGCAUAUAACAAAGCGGUAGAAGAAGAAGAUAAACUAACCCCUGAACAAUUAGUGAUUAAAAAUGUUGGUAAACAAGAUCCAAAACGACAUCUUGAAGAAAAUGUUGAUGGUCUCAUGAAUAGUAACAUUGUACAAUGUUUGGGUGCAAUGAUCUCCAAUUCAGUUUUCAAAUGAUCCACGUUCAUAACAAUCAACAAACAAAUAAACAAAAAUAAAAAAUUUUUAUUAAAAAAUUAAAGGUAACAAUUUUCUUGCAAACUUAAUUAAA